AUGGUUAAAUUCGAUAUAAACUCCGUUGCAAUCAUCGGCGCCGGUCCUGCUGGUCUUGCAGCCCUUUAUGAAUUUCUCCAUACUUCCAAAGAAGGAAAGUCAACCGUUGGAACCACCACCAGACCCACCAACCCUCUAUUUUCCAAAAUCGUCGUAUUUGAACAAAAAUCCGCCGCUGGUGGUAUUUGGACCCCUGUGACUCAAGAGGCUGAUUUACCGGUCCCACCGCAGCAGAUUUUGGAUACUGAGUCUUAUCACCUUCCUGAAAUCAUCAGGCCUAGGAAUAUUCCUCCACAAGGGAUUGAAGAUAGUGAUAUUACGAAUCCGAAACGGAAUGAGAACAGGGGCGUGAAGGAGGUUUGGUUGGAUAAUGAAUUAGAAUGGAGCAGGAGUGGGAUAUAUCCUAAUUUAUUCACUAAUAUUCCCGCUAGAUUCACGAGGUUUUCAUUCAUGGAAAAUGAAGAGAAAUAUUAUGAUACGACUGAGAGAAAGAUUUAUCCCUUUAUGUAUCAUCAAGAAUUAUCCGGUAGAUUUAGUGAUUUUAUUAAGGCCGAAAAGUUGGAUGAAUAUGUUAGAGUGAAUAGUACUGUUGAGAAUUUGAUUAAGAAUCAAGAUACCGGGAAAUGGGAUAUUAGUAUUCGUAAGAAGAAUGAAAACAGAGAUGAGUCUGAAUGGUAUUUAGAAUCAUUUGAUGCUGUGGUGAUUGCAAAUGGUCAUUACACAGUUCCAUUUAUUCCAAACAUCCCGGGAAUGGCAGGGUUUAAUGCGAAAUUCCCCGGUGUUCUUAUGCAUGCCAAAUCAUUCAGAGAUCCCGAAGAAUUCAAAGAUUUGGAUGUAUUGGUUAUCGGUGGAGGGAUUUCCACAAUUAAUUUGUUGCAAUAUAUCGUACCCAUAGCUAAAUCAACCACUAAUUCCAAACGAGGCAAAAAUGCGGUAUUUCCAUUCAUAAACGAUGCAUUAGUCUCCGAUGGUAUUAUCCCCCAAACAACUAUCUCCAAAAUCGACCCCGAGACAGGAUUGGUUCAUUUCGAUGAUGGAUCAACAGGAAGAUUCGAUAAGAUCUUAUUGUCAACCGGUUAUCAUUUCCAUUUCCCGUUCUUACAACAACAACAGAAUUUGAAGAUUAUUAACCCAGGUAAUGCAUCGCGUGUCCAAGGGUUAUAUCUUCAUACUUUCAACCAACAGGAUCCAACAUUAGCAACUAUUGGAGUAGCUGUUUCGCAAUUAAAUUUCCAUACUAUGGAAGCCAGUGCUGCUGCUAUAGCUGGUGUAUGGUCAGGUUUGAGGACCUUGCCCACUGUACAAGAACAAAAGGAAUGGGAGAGACAAGAGGUGGAGAAGAAGGGAGAUUCGAUUGGGUUUCAUUAUUUCAAUCAUUUUGAUGCUGGGAAUGGGUUUAUUGAUACUUUGGAGCCAUAUUUCCCCGAGGGAAGGUUUAAUCCUUUGCAAAUAGAUGGCGAAUUUGUAGGCGAGGUUGAUAUGGGGAAGGAUCGUUUAAGAGAUUUAUUCUACGGGUUAAAGGAUAAGAAGAUACCUAUUUCUGAUACUGUUUUGCCAAUGGAUAGUUUAUAG